CUUCACCCCCAUUUUACUUGAGCCUACAUCCCCUACAACCUCCCUUUGGCCCCUCUUUUCUACUUUUCUUUCGUUCCUCCCCACUCCGCAUUUCUCUCGCUCCCUUUUGAACCUCACCCUUCCUUUCUCUGCCCUGCUUACCGCUUACCUGUCAGCCUCCCCACUGCUCUACCCGGUCUCCUCCGCCCCUCCUCUCCCCUUCCCGCCCCUCCCUCCGUGUUUGCUUUUCUCCCGGAUCCGGAUGAAGGGGUUGUCCUGCCCCUGCCCUGCCCUGCCCCACUUCUGGCAGCCCCGGUCUCCCUUCAUGGCUGAGGGCUGCGGGACUCAGGUCCUGGGAACAGGGCCUCCGCCCAGCAUCCAGCUUCUGCGAGCCCAGUAUGAAGGCUCGAGGCAGCGGCAGAGGGCCCAGGCCCACUUGGUGGUGCUCCCGAAAGGAGGGGACAUGGCUGUUUCUGCUCAAUCCAUGGUCAGUGCUGUGUGGAUUAACAAGGAGAGGAGGAGUUCACUGUCAUUGGAGGAGGCAGAACCGGAGGCUAAGGGGAUGCCGGAGGCAGCAGACAGAGGCUACCUUCAGACCCCCAGCUCUCCAUGGCACACAUAUCUCGAGAUGCAUUGCUUGGCACAAACCUUCUGCCAGGAGACCAGCCAUCAGGCACAGCACAAGGGCAAGCUGACUGGGUCUGACCAAAGGCUUCCGCCAGAAGGUGAUCCAGGCUUGUUUAAAAGCAAUCAGAGCCCCCAGGAAGGGACUGAAAUCCCAGGAGCUGACCAGAGUCAAUGUCAGGUAUGCAUUACCCAAGCAAAGACAGUAGGACCCAACUUAAACUUGAACAUUCAAUGUCCUCCACCGGCAAAGAACCUACACAGGUCUGGCAAGUUGGCUCACUAUCCUUUUCCCCAGAGGAAAACUCCCAGGAUCUCCCAGGCUGCACGGAAUCUGGGAUUAUAUGGCCCAGCCUGAAGCUUUCUUCUUAGCCUGAUGGCUCAGCUUUGAGGCCAUCAAUGACCUCACCAAAACACCAGGGAGGCAGAGCCAUAACUAAGUCCUCUCACGAGCAGCCAAGAACUGCAAUUAUAGAAUUGUGGGACAUGGACUUGGGACUGGGCUGGCCCUUGAUGAGAUAAGAGAUUGUUCAAGCAAGACUGUUUAUAGUUCGGGAUAAAGGGGUGCUGUCCAGUCAUUGUAGCCCCAUCUGGCUUACAUAAGAAGGCAAAGUGCUGGAGCCCUGCGUAAGCACUGAGUUGGACAUCUGUUCAGUCCGUGGAACUGGAGAAUUUUGAAAAAUAAAACAGAGGCUGUAGCCAAUCGAGUGCCUGAGCAGUGCCCUGGGGUGAAUGGGCACGAACAACUCUGGUUUCCGUCGCUUCUGAUGAUCUCACACAUAGUCUCAAGAAUUACUUUCUGUUGCUUCUCAUGCUUGGAGGCCAUAGGCUAUACCACUUAGAAGUCACGAAGUUCACGGCAGUGAGUUGGUAGACACCGUUUGAGCAUUGCUCUCCCAGCUCAUGGUGAUUCUCCAUGCAGCGAGGAAGAACAAGGUCACCCACAAUUUGGGGCUUUUCAAAGGUCUUUAGGCAGGGCUGAUCUUGCCUGGUUUGCCCUGGAACCCCACACCUCCAACCUCAUCACAGACUUAAAGUCUUUCUUCCUCUCCUUUUCUUUUUCCCUCUCUCUUUGAGUUCUUAUUAAUAAUUGACCAACGUGGAAAACUACGUUGUGUUGGGAGUCUGGGCAAAAGGAGGUGAAGAAAGGCCCUGGCCUGGGAAACUCGUUUUCUCCACCAACUGCCCCCUCUCCACCAAACGUCGAACCUUGACCUCGGUCCUGGCAGCAAACAUCAUCUUCUCUGGAACUAAGACAAAGCACAGCAGGUGGCACUUGUGUGAUGGAGAAGAAAGUGUGUCUUUCCUGGUUAAUGUUUAACUUUCAUCAUGUUAUGUAAACACCUGUAGAGUGCCUUUCCCUCCUAUCAGAUUCCUUCUGUGGAGUUUUACCCACACUUCCCUCCCCUCCCCCCCACCCCCCAUCAUGGCCAUCCAGCAUGCUAUGCACAUGCAGACAGAUUCACUAGGGGGCAGCAUGGAUGUGCACCACAGGGUUGCCAAAACUGUACCGACUACAGAACCAGGCUGCCACAUCAUUCUACUGCAUAGAAGCUGGUGGUUCAUAGGCUGUUACUUAACCACUCCGCCACCAGGGCUCCUCUGGGAGGACCAUACCCAUCAAAAAUACAUAUACAUAUCUGGGACAUCACUGGGUUGGCGACACCCAAGGCAGUCAUUCAUGGGCUACCAUCCCCUAUGCUCAGGCAGGCACGUGAAACUCUUCCCAUCCAUGAGUGACCUGCUCCCCUGCCCAGCUGAGUGCUGAGCUGCCUGUCCAAUCCCAGCCCGGCCUGCCCUGGUGUCCAGGGCCCCAUCACCCCACGCAGCUCCCCACACCUCCUCUCCUACUGGCCAAGAUGGAGACGUUCCCUCCUCUCCUCCCGAUAGUGGGUCCUUUGCUUUUGUUUUAAAUUCUGACAAGUGGUUUUGCUUUCCAUCAUUUUUAAUAUUUAUUUCCUUCAUAUGUAUUCCGUGAAAUUAAUAGAUCAGUACUCGGAGUUCAGCCGUACGGUCUCCACGCAUUCACUUGGCUUCCUUAGCAUGGGAUGACUGAUCCUGAUGCUCCUGUUCAAUUCCAGUCUGAGGCCUUUCUAAAGAUUUGAAUGGCUCAUCUUGAUUAAAAUGGAAUCCUUAAGAGUGACUAUGAAUGCUUCUAAAAUAUGUGUUUCCUCUGACCUGACCAGUGGGAACCCUAGUCUUGAUUUUCCACCCACUUGGGCGGGAUUAGAGUCCUCAAAGAUACAACCCAUUAAUGAGCUUCCUGGUGGGUGGAAAGGUUGGAAGUUUGAGUUCACCUUGAAAGAAAGGUUCUGGUGAUUUGCUUCAGAAAAAUCCACCCCAGAGAAAAGAUCCCCCUGAGCAGUUUUACUCUGACAUGCACGGGGUCGCCACAAAUCUGGAAUCAACGGCCGCUGGUUUGUUUGGGGUUUUGCUGUGUGGUUGUUUCAGCCUGGCUUGCACGGCUGGGUAUGAACUCGAUCCGCGUCUUUCUCAGAGCGCUCCAUGGACGAAACUGGCCUCUGGUGACUGGCAUAGAGCACCUCUGUAAUGUUCCUUUCUUCAUUGCCCAGAAAAGCCAGGUCUGGCCACUGUGCAGCGCACAGGCUUAGUGAAGGAGAGGAGAGGGGCUUUGCAGUCCGGAAACCUGGGUCCUUACCCAGCCACAGUUGAUGUGUGACUUAAUCUCUCAGUAUUGGUUUCACCAUCUGUAAAAUGAGGGCGAUGCAUGCACUCUUCAAAGGGGUGUGAACAAUUUGUAUAAAUGUCCCUGGUGCUCUUAGCCUAGAGCCCAUGUAUUGAAAUGAUCCAAUCAAGUCCACCCAGUUUAUCUCAGAUAAUCUCUAUUAUUUAAAAGCAACUCAUUAUGUCAGUGGACUUGACUCACAUCAACAAAAUACCUUCGUAGAAAUCCCUCAAUGAGGGUUUGAGCAACUCUUUUGAUAUCACAGUCUCGCCAAGUGGACAUGUAAGCCGGCUAAAGCAGGCAGCAAUGAUUAUUAUUAAAAUUUCACGACUCCUUUGGAAUCCCUGGGUGGGUGGUGCCAAUAGUUCAGUGCUCAACUGCCAGUCAGAAGGGUAGUGGUUUGGACCAACCAAGAGGCACCCUGGAAGACAGGCCUGAUGAUCUGCUUCCGGAAGGUCACAGCCUUGAAAUUCAAUGGACAGCUCAACUCUACGUGCAUGAGGUUGCAAGUGACUUGGGGUCGACUGGGGGCAACCGUAACCACUCCUUCUGGACCUCAGAGCCACGCACAGACCACCCACCGCCGUCUGCUUCUGUUACAUCCUGCUCCCAUGGGGAGUUCACCGUGUCCUCCCCUCCCACGUGACAGCUCCUGUGAGAAUGACGUGAAGAUCGUGGUAGGAGGGAAACUGAGGCUAGAAAUGGUCUGGGCACGUCCAAGGAGAGUAAUGCUAUUAAUUUCUAUUAAGGGGGAAGCACAAGGGGAAAGUAGGUGCAUAUUUUUAAAAUCAAUUUAUUGGGGCUCAUACAACUCUUAUCACAACCCAU